AUGGCGCUGUCACAGUGCCUGCACAAAGCGGAGGCCAGCCGCUCAGUCUUCUCCCGGAGCUAUGGAGAGAAGGUGCGUUUUGGAGUCGUGGUCAAAGCGGAAGUGAGAGCUGUUAUCCGCUAUGAAUGGGCACGUGGAGUAUCAGGCACAGAAAGUCAUAACCGCCUUGUUGAGGUGUAUUGGUCAGGUCUGAUGUCGAAACACAUGGUGCGGAGAUGGUGCCAGCAAUUCAGUGAUGGACGUCAGCAAGUGCAAGACAUACCGAGACCUGGACGGACGCGCACGGCCACUACAGAUGCACAUGUCAGGAAGGUGGAGGACAUGAUUAAGGCGAACCGGCGUAUCACCAUUGAUGGAGUAGCGGCAGAACUUGGAAUCGGACAUGAGCGAGCUCACAAGAUCAUCCACGACAUUCUUCGAUACAGGAAUGUGCCAGCAUAA